UGGAUCAGGCAUCACUGAGAGACCCAGAGACUCCUUUCUGUCUGGCUUUCGUCCUCUCUCUUGACCUGGGCUUUCCAGAUGGAGCUGGAACGCAGCACCUUCCCUUCCUCUGAGCCGGGCCUCCUUCUGCAGAACGGAGCUCACUAGAAUCGUGUUGUUUGCCUUUUGCUCCGGGGAGGAAGGAGCAGACCAUGAGCAGCAGGACCUCAGGGCCGCGGCCUGGAGUUUGUUCUGCAGGAUUCCAGGUGACAACGCAGGGCAGGGGGGAAAAAAUAAUGAAUGUCAAAGGAAAAGUCAUUCUGUCGAUGCUGGUUGUCUCCACUGUGAUGGUUGUGUUUUGGGAAUAUAUCAACAGCCCAGAAGGCUCUUUCUUGUGGAUAUAUCACUCAAAAAACCCUGAAGUUGGUGACAGGACUCAGAAGGACUGGUGGUUUCCCAGCUGGUUUAACAAUGGGACCCACAGUUAUCAAGAAGAGGAUGAGGAAGACUUAGAAAAAGGAAGAGAAAGCCAACAAGGAAAGGAAGACGAAGAGCUUCCCCUUUGGGAAUGGUUUAACCCAAAGAAACGCCCAGAGGUGGUAACCAUGACUGGAUGGAAGGCGCCGGUGGUGUGGGAAGGCACUUACAACAGAGCCAUCCUAGAAAAUUACUAUGCCAGACAGAAAAUCACCGUGGGACUGACGGUUUUUGCUAUCGGAAAAUAUAUUGAGCAUUACUUGGAGGAGUUCAUCACAUCUGCUAAUAAGUACUUCAUGGUUGGCCACAGGGUUAUAUUUUACAUCAUGGUGGAUGAUGUCUCCAGGAUGCCUUUGAUUGAGCUGGGUCCUCUGCGUUCCUUCAAAGUGUUUGAGAUCAAGUCUGAGAAGAGGUGGCAGGACAUUAGCAUGAUGCGCAUGAAGACCAUCGCGGAGCACAUUGUGGCCCACAUCAAGAAUGAGGUUGACUUCCUCUUCUGCAUGGAUGUGGACCAAGUAUUCCAAGACACUUUUGGAGUGGAAACCCUGGGCCAGUCGGUGGCCCAGCUACAGGCCUGGUGGUACAAGGCAGAUCCUGAUGAGUUUACCUACGAGAGACGGAAAGAGUCAGCAGCUUAUAUUCCAUUUGGCCAGGGUGACUUUUAUUACCAUGCAGCCAUUUUUGGAGGGACACCCACUCAGGUUCUCAACAUCACCCAGGAGUGCCUUAAGGGAAUCCUUCAGGACAAGAAAAAUGACAUAGAAGCUGAGUGGCAUGAUGAAAGCCACCUAAACAAGUAUUUCCUUCUCAAUAAACCCACUAAAAUCUUAUCCCCAGAAUACUGCUGGGAUUAUCAUAUAGGCCUGCCUUCAGAUAUUAAAACUGUCAAGAUAUCAUGGCAGACGAAAGAGUAUAAUGUGGUGAGAAAUAACGUCUGACUUCAAAGGGUGCCAGUAAGUUUGAGAGAGUAUUUGAGAGAGUAUUAUUCUGGCUAUUUCCUUGGAAAAGUAACACUUAAUUUUAGCUUAAAAAGAAAAUUACUAACAAAACACCAACAUGACAAAUGCAUACUAUUCCUCCUUAUAACUUUGAGCCCUCUAAUAUGGGAGAAUGAAUCUAUGGUAAUCAUUGUAAAUUCCCAGUGAUUUCUUAUCUUUUCUAGGUUUGGGGGAAAUACUAUCAGCUGAACCAAAAAUAAUUUGUCAUAGCCUCCCCCUCCCCCCAAAAAAAGCCAGAAACUUACAUGUGUCAGAUAAUAUAUUGGAGAAAAGGGUGCUAAGGGAAGCGUUUGGUAACAAGAUACAAUGGUAGGGAGUGGUCCCCUUGAAUUCAAUGUCUUCCUGUUUUUGAUGGGUCUAAAGCAAUGUAGUGUUGCUUUGCAACAGAACUCCUAUAAGGAUACCAUCUACCUUGCCAAUCCUCAGAAGACUUCAAGAGCAGAUUGCUUCUGGCCAUUUAUAGUACAUGUCCUUUUCUCUUUGGGAUGUUGUUAAGCUUCUGUGCAGGAGAUUGGUGGAGCUAUCUAGUGGAUAUUAUGGUGGUGAAUAUUUUAGGACUCCAGGGAAUCCAAAUGAGCCAGUGGGUGCUUAACAUGAAAUGAAAACAAAGCCUCAACGUGAGUUUGCCAUGAAAUAGCAAAAAGAGUGGAAAGAGAAGGGCUGAUCACUGUGGGCAGUGGCAUCUUGGAGGGACACAAGGCAUGGGGUCUAUCCUUUAAUACUUCAUUGAUUCAGCAUUGAAUGCAAGGUGGCAGUGUGGGUGAUGGCCAGCAUUCUCAACCACAUAACAAACAGCAACCGGGACUUGAAUGGAAGAUGUUUCUUGUGUUGUCUAAGUCAUAUUCAGUCUACUGGAUGCUGCAGCUGUGUCUUCUGGUCCCUGGAGAGGGGGUGGCAAUGGUGGCAGAGAAGGGAAAGGCCUGCGGUGAACUGAAGAGGCUUACAAGGAGUUGUGUUUCCAGGACCUGGGCUUUGUCAAGGGACAGAUCUUCAUCAGUGAGUCCUACCACCUGCUCUGAAUGCCAGGGUCCCUCAGCACUUCGUGCUCCAACCUGGAAGGCUGCCAUACAGGAGAGGACUGGAGCCAAAGCCGUCCUGCCAAGUAACCUAGCUUUCCCUGCUCCAUCUGGAUUAUGGAAGUGUAGCAACCAGAUGUCAACGAAAUGGUCAACUGAUUUUGUUACAAAAGCUAGGGGAGACAGUCCUCA